UUCGUACGCCACGCCGCCGCACCGUUGUACGGUGGCGAGUAGGUCACUGGCGCAAGGAUUUAAGUAUUUAUGAAAAUCGCAACCACAAUGAAUGCAUUGCACAGCAUAAUUCUAUAUAGAUUAGAGAGCAUUUGAUUCAAUUAAUUGUCUGAUGGCAUAUAUAGCAUAUAGGUAUAGCAAAACCGUCUGUCAUUCAGUAGUCAAAAUAUGUCUAUUGAAAUUUUCGUUGGUAGCGGCCUGUGGUGGCGGCUCUUCCUUGUUUGCAUAUUUGUUUAGAUCAAAACAAGAAGAACGUGUACAACGUUUAGUUCUUUAAAGUCCCAAUAGAAUAAGGCUACUUACUAGUAACUUCAUAAAUCAUGGCUGAUGUUGGAGUUAUAUUUGAUCGAAUAGAAAAAAAUUUAGAAACUGAGAGCAGUAGUGAAUUUAUGACAGCGGUUUUCAACAAAAAGUUUAUAACAUCUAAAGACAAAAACAGUGAAUUAACUGAUUCAUAUGAAAUUUUAAGCACACACUUAAUAAACAUUAUUCAAGAAAUAGACACACUAGCCACAGAAAUUGAAAGGAAUGACGAUUUUCUUAUAAGUGUAAAACAUCAGAAAGUUCUACGAACAUGUUUUCAAAUAAUUUCAUCAUUCGGCAUUGCCUCAUGUUUGAUACCUGGUUUAGGCAUAAGCUUAUCAAAGAGAUGUAUUUCAGCUAAAUCUUUACCACAGCUAACAUUAUCUGAUGAACAGAAAUAUAAAAUUUUAGUGACAUGUACGGAUUUCCUUCAUAGAAGUUACAAUGUACCAGUUCUGAAAAAUAUUAUAAUAACAUUUCAUUUAAUUGACUAUUUGGCUGCUUUAAUACAACUAGCAUUUGCUCCUUUAAAAAAACCUGGAGUUUAUCCUAAGUUUACUAUGUCACAAGAAAUGUAUGAUGAAUUGAAUUCAGAAAGACAAAAAUAUGUUGAAAUAUAUGAAUAUUUGGUUAAUAAUUGCUUUCAGCCAAUGCUUAUGAAAGAAUUGUUAAUGCUACAAAAUGUAACAGAUCAAAAAUGUCCAUUGUUUGUUAAAAGAGUUAUAGCAAAAGAGUUGAGUAGGCGCCUCAUCGCCUCUGGUGGCUUAUUGAGUCUGAUUAGAUGUUUUAUUGAUAAUCAAGAUAUGGAUACUGGACUUGAUUGGAAAAAAGUUGAAAUGAUUUGCAAAAUAGUCUCAACUAAACAUGGAAACAUAGAUGAGAGUGAAUAUCUAACAAACAUUACAUAUCAAUUGAAACACAUAUUUGCAAUAAAUAAAGUGAAAUAUAUUAUAACUGCUGUUUCUUGUCUUAUAUCUUUAUAUGACAAAUACAAGAAUGUAGAGCAUGUUCAAAAUUUAGUAAAUGAGAUAUUUUACACCUUAAACUAUGAUGUUUUGACGUCAAAAUCAAGUUUUCCUGGCACUGUUAUUCUUACUCCUCAAGAAAUAGAACAUUCCAUGCAAAUUUUGUAUUCCUGCACAAGUAUGAGUCAGGCCCACAUACCACCUGAAUUAAUAACACCUAACCUGUACAUACUUUUCCACCUGAGAAUGAAGUGUACAAAGAAUGAGAUGAAAUUGAAAAUAACCAAUAUAAUUUUGAAAGCAUUAGAACUGUGUGAUAAUACUGAAAUGUGUGAUUUACUAAAGAAACUAUUAUUUGGGCAAAUCAAUGCAAAAGAAGUGGAUGUCCUUAUUGAAGAGUAUAAAGCAGGUUUGACAGUCAAAUAUGUUAAUUCUCAUGUUGAAUAUCCAGAAGAUGAAGCAGUAAUAAAUUUUGUGGAAAUUUUCAAUUCAACCGAAAAUAAUACCCUCAUAAGUAAUUUAUUUGAAGCGUGCCUGCAAAUAUUUGUAGAUAUAAGCAGUGAGAGACUGGCGAAUACCAAUACUGAUACUCUAUUGAGUUCAGAUGAUGAACCUACGUUACUUAAGUCAAAUGAUGAGAAGUAUGCUCGGAUCCUGACUAUUUUAUCGGAAAUAUCAAUGACUCCAAAAGUUAUGAAGGUUUUGAAAGAAAAUCCUUUAAUAGUAAUUAAUUUUGUUGAGUCAAUCUUACUUAACAAUAUUGACAAUACGACUGAUGAAUGUCAAACAAUUGCUUUAGUCCUAUUAAAUACAAUAUUAUCUAAUACUAAUAAGGCACACAGCUUGAAAGAUAAACUACAUAGUUUUAUUCCAAAUUUAGAAAAGCUUUGCAAUAGUGAUUCUGCAUACAUCAAAAUUUUGUGUAAAGAAUCAAUGUCUUUGAUAAAAUCAGAGUAUCCUAAAGCUACAGACAGUGCAUUUGAAGAAGCACUAUCGAAUAUUUUUGAUAAUCUAAUCCCUAUGAGAGCUCAUGGAAUCAUUGAGCUCAGUAAACUAAUAGAUAAAACAGAUCCUGAAACAAUAUCAAAAAGGCAUUAUGUACUUUGCCUACUGCAGGAACAACUCAAAGAUCCAGACUCUUACAUUUACUUAUCAACCAUAAACUGUAUUGCAGCACUUGCGUUACAUUGUACUGAUGAUGUUUUAAGUGUCUUAUGUAAAGAAUAUUUAAAUGUUUCGAUUGAUCAUCAUAAUAUAGAAAGUAAGGAAAAUGAAAACAAAGCUGCUGAAUUAAGGAUGAAAAUUGGCGAUAUAAUCGUCAAAGUUACCAAGAGAUUAAAUGAAAUGGCUUUAGUACACAAGAAUAUUUUGCUAAACACAAUACUAUGUGCUUGCAGAGAUGAAGACCCUUUAAUAAGGGCUUCAGCUUUGUCGAACUUGGCAGAAAUUGCAUUGAUACUGAAUUAUAAAAUAGGCUCAAUUAUAUAUGAGGUUCUGCUUUGUAUUUGGAGUAUAAUAGAAAGCGAUAAAGCAAUAGAAUGUCGUAGAGCUUCUGUGAUGGUUAUAGCUAGUUUACUGAAAGGAUUAGGGAACGAAACGUUGGUAGAAUUAAAAGAAAACCUGCUUCCCAUUUACAGAACUUUAAACAAACUGUACAAAGAUACGAACGAAGAUCCAGUUCUGCGACUACACGCUCAGUUGGCUUUGGACGAACUUAAUGACAAUGUAAAGCAAUUCUUGUUCACUGAGCUACCAAUUGAAAAAGAAAUUUCAAUGUUAAAGGAACGAAAUGAUAUAUUUUUUAAAUAAAAAUCCAUUAAAAUCAA